AUGGCACCUAACUUGCCUCUCCCUCUACCUCAAUCUCUCAGCUCCUCAAUGGGUGACCCUGCUACUCCAUCAUCCUCUCAAUGUCCUGCAACUCCAGUCACUUCUCCACGCAAGGUGGCAGACCUGAAGGACACCAUCAUAGGCAUCAUUUACUCCGCUUAG